AUGCCAGUAACACAUUCUCCAGGAAACCCUUCCACUCCUCCUCCAGCACAACAUCAGGCGCAGCAGCAGCAACACCGAAGACGAGCUACAUGUAACAUAUGCCAGGAGCCCUACAACGAAGAAAUGAUCUACUGUGAUGGGGUAUGUAGAAAAUGGUUUCACUUAUUAUGUGUAGGUUUGAGUAGUAGUCAGGCCGAUGAGCUGGGUAGAUGGGUUUGCGAAGAUUGUAGAGAAGGGUAUGUCAAACGGGUGGAAGUUCUAUGCAAAGAGGUAGUGACAUUGAGUGAGGUCGCCCAAGGAACCAUCGACGCCAAAAAAAGAAGAACAGUGAUCCGGGCAGCGAUGGAAAAAUUUAACAAAGCAAAAGAAAAAUAUAUUUCUCUUACCGGUGAUUUCGUAGAUCAAAAGGGAGAUCCACUACCAACUCCAAGAAUAGAGGAACCACAGGAGACGGCUGCUGUUGAGGAAAACGAGUCAGAGGGACGGUCUAUAACAUCAAAAUCAACAUCAAUGUCGACAGCAACGAGAAUGAAAAUGCAAUUGCUGGAAAAGCAACGCAAACUGUUGAAGGAGCAGCGUCUAAACCUGCAACUAGAGCACGAUGUCCUUAAGCAGCAGCAGGAUCUUGUGGAUCAAGCAUCAAUCUACGAUCUCAAUUUUGAAGCCGAUGAAAGCAACCGAGUAGAAGAGGUCACAGACGCCGUCAACAACAUCACACUAAAUCCUCAAGCGCGUGAAUUCGAACCUUCAUUCAGUCAGAGGCAGAUUGCGGCCAGAAAGAUAUACAGAGCACUUCCAACAUUCACAGGAGAGUUAGAAGAAUGGCCCGUGUUUAAACGAAUGUUUGAGCAAUCAACCAAAGAAUGCGGGUAUUCCAAUGAGGAAAAUUUAAUGCGUCUGCAACAAUCUUUGAAAGGCAGAGCCAGGAACGAAGUCGCAAGUCAAUUAUGCGAACCUUCUUGCAUACCAGACAUUAUGGAAAGUCUUAUGCUUGCAUUUGGACAGCCCAUUGUCAUUCUUAACGCUCAAAUAGAAAAAAUAAGUAAAUUUCCACCUGUGAGAGGAGACAAGUUAGAAUCAAUAAUUCAAUUUUCGACAGCAGUCACUAAUAUGAAUGCAAUUAUGAAGGCAUCGUCAUUAGAAAGCCAAUAUGACAACCCAUUAUUGUUAAAAGAAUUGCUGAAGAAAUUAAAUAAUGAUUUGAAGAUGAAAUGGGCUUCAUAUGCUUAUGAAAGGAACGUCUCAGGGGUUUUGGCAUUCGGGUCUUGGUUAAAAUUAGAAGCGAAAAAAGUUUAUUCCAUACUACCAUCAUUCGAGAGAGUCGAGAAGCAGCCAUCGAAAAAGGAAAGCAGAAUUAACGUUCACGUUGUAAAUGAUUCAUUCCAUAAAUGUAUAGUUUGUUCAAGUAAAUGUAAAUCAGUAGAAACUUGCGUAGUUUUUAAUAAUCUUCCUUCAGCUAGCAGGUGGGAAAAGGUUAAAGAGCUUAAGCUAUGCCGACAAUGUUUAACCGUCCAUAGGAUGAAAUAUCCGUUCAAUUGUAAGCAGGCAGUUAAAUGUAAUGUAGCCGGUUGUAGUCGUAAACACCAUCCACUUAUGCAUUUAGAAGUUAACUCGCAAAGUAAUCUACCCGUAGUAGAGUCUAUACAAAACAGCCAUACGAGACCGGAUGAUGAAUUUCAGUUCCAAUAUUUACCUGUAAUACUACAGCAUGGAAACAAAAAGCAACAAGUGAUGGCGUUUUUGGAUGGUGGUUCCAGUGGCACCCGAAUUGAAGAGGAUGUGGCUGAGCAGUUGGGAUUAACAGGCCCGAAGGUAAUUCUAAAUUUGAAGUGGACAGCCAAUGUGAGUCGUCAAGAAGAAUCAACUAAAGUUUCCGUACAUAUCUCCGGAGUGUAUGAAGGCGCUAAGAAAUAUGUAAUUCCGGAAGCACAUACGAUUAGAGAACUCAACUUACCAAAACAAACCUUGUGCUAUGAAAAGCUGGCGAAUAAAUAUAAUCAUUUAAGAGGCCUUCCUGUCUGUUCAUACAGAUCAACACAACCUAAGAUAAUGAUUGGGAUUAGUGAUUGGCACUUAGCAGUUCCGAUCAAAACACGACUGGCAGGAGAUAAAGAUCCCGUCGCGACUAAAUGUAAAUUGGGAUGGUCAGUGUUUGGGUCAAAGCGAACUUCUGAAUACGAAAGUGUCAACUACCACGUCGAAGAACAUCGUGAACCUGAUGAUGAGGAUCUGCACGAAAGUAUGAAAAAGUUUUUCUGCAUUGAGACUCUGGGAGUCAGAGUGCCCAAAGAUGAUUUAUCUUCCCAAGAAGAUCGCCGAGCUACUUCUAUAAUGCAAAUUACGACAAAGCUUGUAGGACAAAAAUAUGAAACGGGUUUGUUAUGGCGUUAUGAUGAUGUUGAUUUACCCGACAGCUUUCCAAUGGCUAAAUAUAGGUUAAAGACGCUAAAUCGACGUUUAGAAAAAAACCCACAAUUGAGGAUUGAGAUGCAAAACCAAAUAGCUGCCUAUUUAAACAAAGGUUAUAUUCGCAAACUUGGGCAAAGGGAAUUAGAAAAGCAGCACAAGCACGUAUGGUACCUUCCUCUAUUUCCCGUAAUCAAUCCUAAUAAACCAGGCAGAGUGCGAAUUGUUUGGGAUGCGGCCGCAAAGUUUAAUGGUGUCUCUUUAAACUCAUUCCUUUUGAAAGGACCUGACCAGCUUUCAUCCUUGCUUGGUAUUCUCUUUAGAUUUAGAGAAAAUUCUGUAGCCAUAUGCGGGGAUGUUUCAGAAAUGUUCCACCAAGUCAAACUAAUAGAAGAGGACCAACAAGCUUGUCGAUUCUUAUGGAACGAUCAUCAGGAGGAGCCAAGCGUUUAUGUAACUCAAGUCAUGACAUUUGGAGCAACUUGUUCGCCGAGUAGUGCUCAAUAUGUGAAAAAUCUGAAUGCUAAACGUUUUGAAAGUGAUUAUCCUAGGGCGGUUAAGGCGAUUGUGGACAACCACUACGUCGACGACUUACUCGAUAGCGCCGCCACAAAAGAUGAAGCAAUUGAACUAGCUAAACAGAUUAAGAAAAUUCACUCGGCAGGAGGGUUUCAUAUACGCAAGUGGAAAUCAAAUUCUCAUGAAGUGAUGUUGGCGCUAGAAAGUUCACAUGAGGUGACUGAACUUGUUAACCUUAAUAAAGAAGAAGAACAAACUACUGAAAAGGUCUUGGGUAUGUGGUGGGACACGCAGUUAGAUUCAUUCACAUUUUCUCUAAAGCUAAACAAAGGUAGCAAAAGUGUUUUGAAUGGCCAACAUAAACCAACUAAACGUGAAGUUUUGAGAAUCCUUAUGUCGGUUUUUGACCCUUUAGGACUAAUUAAUCACUUUACAAGUUAUUUGAAAGUCUUGUUACAACAAAUAUGGUGCUCCAAAGUAGAUUGGGACGAUGAGAUUGAAAAUGAGCAACACGACCAUUGGCUGAAGUGGCUUCAACAACUUCAUGAAGUCGAAUCCAUCCACAUUCCCAGAUGUUAUACUACAAAACCAUCGAUAUGGAAUGAAGAGAGCAUACAGAUUCAUAUAUUCGUUGACGCCAGCAAAGACACCAGCGCGGCAGUUGCAUAUAUAAGAAUUCAGACUGAGUAUAAAGUAUCUUGCACACUUUUAGCCUCCAAAACAAAAGUUGCACCAAUUAAACUUACAUCAAUUCCGAGGUUGGAACUAAUUGCAGCAUUAAUUGGAGCUAGACUUGCAUGCAGUAUUCGACAGUCAUUAAGCAAUCCAAUUACUAAAAUCUUCUACUGGUCGGAUUCGGUUACUGUAUUAAGAUGGUUGAGAUCGGAUGCUAAAGCAACAAAGGGCCAAUUUGUUGCAUUUAGAAUUGCUGAAAUACAAGAACUAAGCAAUAUUGGAAAUUGGCGAUACGUACCUUCAGAUCUGAAUGUGGCCGACGAUGCAACUAAAUGGAAAAAAGGACCAUCCCUCAAUAUGAAUGAUCGUUGGUUUAAAGGACCCGAAUUCCUGCUUAGGGACGAAAUUGAGUGGCCGGAUGAUAUCUCACUGCAACCAAACCCAGAUGCUGAAAUCCUUGAGGCGGUUCACCAUAUCUGCGAACCAGCUAUUAAAUUUGAAAAUUUCUCAAGUUGGCUUAAAAUAUUGCGACUCACAGCCUUUGUACAUCGGGGUAUUCAAGUAAUAAUAAAAAGAAAAAUUGAAAUUAUUUUAUUUUCGAAAUUCUUGAUGUCAUAUGAGUAUAAGCGUGCUGAGAUCUCAUUAUUUAAAAUAAUUCAAAGUCAAUGUUUCGAAAAUGAAAUAAAGUGCUUGAAACAAUAUGGUAAUUUAUAUGGUAAUAGAAACGAUGGUAAAAAACGAUUUAGCAAUGAAAUAAUUUCUCUAAAACCAUAUCUAGACGACGAUGGUGUACUCAGAUCUAUGAGUAGGAUUGAUAAAACUGACUGUGUGAGUAAGUCAAUAAAACGACCCAUAAUACUUUCACAAAAUCAUUAUGGUACAAAGUUGCUUGUUACUGAUUAUCAUGAACGGUUUCGGCACAUUAAUCAUGAGACAGUAGUAAACGAGGUAAGAAAAAAAUUCUACAUUCCUAGGCUGAGACAGUUACUAAAGCGGAUCAGAACGUCAUGCAAUCGUUGCAAAAUACUUAGGGCAAAACCAGAAUACCCAGAAAUGUCUGAAUUACCAGCUGUUCGUUUGACACCUUACACUCCUCCGUUUACCUACACAGCAGUGGACUACGGUGGACCUUUCGAAGUGGCCAAUGGACGAAAAUUGGAAAAACGCUGGAUUUGCCUAUUCACCUGCUUAGUGGUACGAGCGGUUCAUAUCGAAAUUGCCUACAGUUGCAGCACCGAUUCGUUCAUUUUGUGUUAUCGGAAUUUUCUAAGUCGCAGAGGACCCGUGAGGAAAAUAUUUAGUGAUCGGGGAACAAACUUCGUCGGAGCCGAAAAAAUUCUACGAAAGGACUUAAAGCAAAUCGAAUCACAAACCAUAGCAUCAAAAUUUGUUAGCGCUGAACUUGAAUGGUAUUUUCACCCUCCUGGGUCACCACAUAUGAACGGGUGCGUCGAACGUUUAAUAAAAUCAGUAAAAACCGCUUUGUAUGCUGUUAGUGACAUCACCACUCACAAACCGAAUGAUGAGCUGUUUCGGAGUUUUUUAAUGGAAGUUGAGGAUAUGAUCAACUCAAGACCCUUAACCUACUUGCCCUUGGACAGUGAAGAAUCCGAAUCUCUAACACCUAACCAUUUCCUGCGGCAGUUUGCUGGAGGUUCGACACCAACUCCUCUUGAAGACAUAAACGAGAAUGUAAAGUUGCACAAAACAAACGCGCUAAUGUCUCAACUGUACGCGAAGCAUUAUUGGAAGAGAUGGGUACAAGAAUAUUUGCCAACGUUAACCAGAAGGGAUAAGUGGACUCAGCAUGCUAAGCCCCUUCAAGAAGGAGAUAUAGUUUUGGUUAUCGAUGAGAGAUAUUCCCGCAAAUCUUGGCCUAAGGGUAAAAUACUCAAAGUUUAUAUGUCUAAAGAUAACCAAGUAAGGAGCGCUACAGUAAAAACUAUGGACGGAAUUUAUGAACGCCCAGCUGUUAAACUAGCUAAGUUGGACCUAGAUGAAGAUGUACAUUUAAGCGAAGCACUGGAUCAAUGUACCGGGGAGGAGAAUGUCAUAAAAAUCUCCAACUAG